GACAUCUGCCCCUUCACGUGGGCCGUCGCCGGAGAUCGAGCUACGGAAGUAUUGAUGGUUAGUAUCUAUAGGAUGAACAGUACUGCUUUUUAUGACUCUACGCCCGUUGCGAACCGGAGCGCCCCUUUCUCAUACUCGGUCUAGGCUUGCGGCGAACGACUACCCAAAUCCAUUGACCGACGAUGACCAAGACUGCCUAAAGGACACACUCCGUCGAGAAGAUAACCGCAAGGGAACCCAGAACUCCGCCCUUUCACAAUGUGGCGCGAUCGUACGAAUUUAUAUAUCUCCUAUCGUCAAUCAUUCGCGCAUCAUCCGGCCAAGAAACCUCGCUAUAUCGGAGCAUCCAAUGGCUUCUCCGAUUCACUAUCACAACCAGAGGAAAGCCGCAGACUUAUAUCGGAAUCAGGAGGACUAGAUGAUGAUGGCGAUGCAAUUAUCGAGAUGGAUGUGCUUCCCCCGCGGUGGGUCGACGUGCAGGAAGAGGUGACAGAGUUACUUGCCGACAUUGCGCAGAAGUCCGCCCAAUUGGAUAAGCUACACCAGAAACACCUUCUACCAGGGUUCGGGGACGAAGAAGUAAGGAAACAAGAUGAAAGCAUUAUCGAGCGGCUCACACAGGAGAUCACGCGCUCCUUCCAUGAAUGCCAGAAGGCGGUCCAGAAGGUUGAGUUGAUGGUACGUGACGCAAAACAACAAGGUGGUGUAAGUAGUGGUGAUGAAACUAUGGCCAAAAAUAUUCAAAUAUCUCUUGCUUCACGAGUUCAAGAGGCAAGUGCUCGGUUCAGGAAGAAACAAAGCACAUACUUAAAGAAAUUGCGGGGGCUGGAGGGUGCAGCGAACCCUUUUGAACGAUCUCCAACACCUGUACAAAAUCCUUAUACGGAUCCCUCUUUGAUGGAAUCCGAUGCAGACAAGUCCUUUUCGCAGACAACUCUGAUGCAAACAUCACAGCGGCUCAGGGGAGAGAAUGACGCCGCCAUAAUGCAGCGAGAAAGGGAAAUCAAUGAUAUCGCCAAAGGUAUUAUUGAGCUAUCAGACAUAUUCCGCGAACUUCAAGCAAUGGUCAUCGACCAAGGUACCAUGCUGGACCGGAUAGACUAUAAUGUUGAGAAAAUGAAUACAGAAGUUAAAGCUGCUGAUAAGGAACUCAAAGUGGCCACUAAUUACCAGCGGCGUACAACGAAGCGCAAAAUCCUUCUAUUAUUGGUUAUUAUUGUCGCAGGAUUGUUCAUCAUACUUCUGGUCAAACCAAAACGACAUGCUAGUAGUUCGCCAGCUCCUGCUCCAGACACCCCACAGCAACCUCCAUCGAACGAACAUCCACCUGUGGUCUCUCCCCGAACCUUCGAAACUGUCUAUCGACGGAAGAGGCGCCCGUCCUUGGCUCCUGCUGCACGAAGCAAAUGGAUGGAUCCGGACAUACACCGAUAGCUCUAGCCAUUAACAGAUACCAUGAUAGUAAUUCAUAAUUUAAGUCAAAUGAGUGUUGCAAUAGAAUGUCACAACAAGGUACAUGCAAGGUAAAUAUUCGAUACGGAGCAGUAGCUACUAACCUAGUAUAACAACAAAGGUAUAU